AUGUUUUUUAUUUCCCCUUUUUUUUUACAGAUAACAAUCAUCGAACGCCAAGUAUUCGAUUUUCUCGGAUACAUGUGGGCGCCCAUAUUGGUCAACUUCUUUCACAUAAUAUUCAUCAUAUUGGGAUUUUAUGGAGCAUAUCAUUUUAGAAUAAAAUAUAUAAUAACCUAUUUAGUAUGGAGCUUCAUUUGGAUUGGUUGGAAUGCGUUUCUGAUAUGCUUUUACCUGAAUGUAGGCAUACUGGAUCGGGACAGCGAUCUGCUCAAUUUGGGCACCGGUAGCGUCUCCUGGUUCGAGGUGAACGGUUAUGGUUGCAAGCCAACAUAUCCAGUGAAUAUCACCUCAGACGAUCCAUUUCGUCCCAUACGUCCGGAACGUGUGGAUGAUUGCUUAUUAGAUUAUACUAUAGUCGAAGUAGUACAAUCGGGUGUGCAAUGUGCUUUAGCGUUACUUGGUAUUUUAGGCGCCAUAUUAAUAAGUUACAUAUUCCUCGAUGAAGAUGACAGAUUCGAUUUCGUGAAUGGCGACGCCAAGAGUCCCCAGCACACGGUGGUCCAUCCAAUGUACGUGAGCUACAGCAGCAUACCGACCUCGGCAAGCGCUAGCGCCACAUUGCUCUCAAACAAGCAUCACAACAAUCACCAAGCACUUAACAACAAUAACAACCACCACCAAAUUCAUCCGCAACAACAGCAACUGCAACUGCAGCAGCAGCUCAGUCAUCAUCAGCAACCAAAUAAUUUUAACAGUAACACAUUUCUAAUACACACGAACAGCAUCAGCAACAACAGCCAUAGCCAUAGCCGUAGUCAUAGUCAUAAUCAUAGUCAGAGUCAGAGUCAAAGCAACAAUAGUCGCAGCCGCAGCCGCAGCCGCAGCAAUAGCCAAAGUGGUGGGGUUGGUGGCGGUGGAAUUGGCAAUGGCGGCGGUGGCGCGGCGAGAAAGGGUCGUGGCGGCGGCGGUGGUGGCGGCGGUGGCGGCGAUGGCAACUGCAACUCGCUCAGCGCAAGCAAAACGAGUACACUGACGCGCAUUCUUUACAGCCCGAAGAGUAGCAAUAAGAUCGGCUCGUCUACGGGCAACACCAUACUCCCCGUAGAUAUGUUGCAGCGGCAACAAUCGCUACCACAAACGCAUACCGUGACGUCAUUAGGCGGUGGCGGCGGGCAGCAUUACUAUGACGACAGCACCGCCAAAGCGGAUCAGCUGUACACGAACAGCAAUCGACGGCAAUUCUUGAAUGGUACGACAUAUCAGCAGCACCAACAGCAGCAGCAGCAACAACAAAAUUCUGGCACACCAAACUCCUCAACGCACGACAACACCACAUCGUCGCUCUCGUAUGCUUCGCUGCAGAAUUCCAAUUUGAAUUUGACACAGAGCUUGCGUGGCGGCCAUGGUGGUGGUGGGUUUGGCUACACGGGCACGGGUGGUGGUGGUGGUAAUGGCAUGUGUGCGGGUGUGGUGGGCUCUAGCUCUGGCGGUUUUGGUCGUGGCGGUGGCGGUGGCGGGGGCAUGACCGCCGCCUCGUCGCAAGCCACGCUCAGUCCGCUUAGCAAUAGCCAAUUUAGUCUCAGCAAUAGUAUCAACAAUAAUUAUAGCAACCAUAGUGGCAGCACCGCCAACAACAACAACCACACCAAUUACAGCAAUGUCUUAAAUAACCAUACUAACUAUGUAAAUAACAAUAACGGUAGCAUGGGUAGCGGCGUUGGUGGCGGUCACUUCGCGCGCAUUCACGCUAAACCCAAGCCGCCUAAGUCGACGAGCUACAGCAGCUUCAUCAACAAUGGCAGCGCGGCGAAUCUCACUAAUGGUGUCGGCAUCGGCGUCGGUGGCGGCGGCAGCAGCAGCGCUGGGGGUUCCAUGACCAAUAUCCAUCGUCCAGACAUCAAGUAUACGCAAAUGUCCAACGAGCGCCUGUCGCGCAACUUGGAGGAGGGUCUAGAGGACGACAAUUUCUCGCUGCAGAAUUUCAAAACCGAUGACGGUAUUACCUAUGUACCCUUCCAGAAACCAACGCCAGGCGCACUCUUCGUCGGCCAGAAUAACAAUCCCUCGUAUGUGUCGUUGAACUCAUUUGGAGGCACGCAGAUUUCGCCCAACAACAAUGCUAGUCCAAAUACGAUUAACAACAAUGCUUUACCGCAAUUCACGCGCAGCAUUUCUCAGUUGGCGCCACCACCACCGCCACCGCCACCGGCUCUCCAAGAAGGAGAGAUACUUUUAGAGCGCGGCGCUGUACUACAACCCGCCUACAACUAUCAGCCACAUGCACAGCAACAGCAAAUGCUGUUGCAGUCACAGGCUGCACAAGGCGCGCAGCAACAGCAACAGCCACUAAUGAAUCCUGCCAAUCGUUUUCUCUACCAACAAAACGGCCUACCAUUCCAUCCAGCCUACAAUAAGCCCAUUCCAGUGCCACUACCGGUGCCCACGCAUACGUCGUCGCCCAUGUCUGCGCAAUAUCAUCACCACAUGAGCCCAGUCGCCAAACAACCGCCACGCCCAACAAACAUUCCAUUACCCACCAUUCCGCCACAUUCAUUCGACACGCCCAUUUCACCCUCGGAGGUUACACCUCCACCACCUCCUGCGCCACGUCCACACAUUUUCCAGCCACGUUCCGGCCAUGCGCCUUACCCCGAUCUCUCACCUGAGGUGACCGAGAAAUAUGCCAUGCCCACACAGUACGUACCGCGCUCACCGGUCGCUUCGCGUAUUGCGCGUCGUCAGCGCCAACAACAACAGACGUCGCAUAAUUAUCACCACCAGCAGUCGGCGCAGCCGGCGACGCAUCACGUGAAUACGUCAGCAAACUUUUGCGAUCAAGUGCGUGAUGCGCCACCUGGCUAUAUAGUGGACGCAGGCUUCAGCAUUGUGCGCGCCAAAAGCUAUGACCGCCUGGCCUCGUCGUCGUCGGGUUCCGUGCGACGCGAUGCGAAAGGCGAAGCACAGUCGAAGCAGGCGCAAGUCAAUGCCGAAGCAGCGCCGCAUGUAAAUAGGCGCAGUGGUCGUCGUGAUGCCGCCGCACGCGCGCGUCCCCGAUCAUAUUGCAAUUCGAUGUCUGGUGGUGAGGGCGUGAUACGCGGUAGCUUGGUUUAUGAGCGCGAUUUUGUGGUCGAGAGUGGAGUUAAUGGUGCUGAUGGUGUUGGUGGUAGUGGCGCAGGUGAGGGAGGUGGACAGUUUGUUGGUGGUGAUCAGUUGGCAUAGGCAGAGGCUGGGAAAGUGAGUAGUACAGUAUUGGAGGCACAAAAGCUGCGAACUACCAGCGAUCGUACACGAUAUUGAGGUAGAGUUUCGGAGAAGGGAUAUGCAUACAUAGUAUUCGGGAAUAUAGUUGACAAAACCGCUUUGUAAAAUGUACAGUGAUUGAGAAAAGCCAAUGGAUGCAUUCUUUCUCGAUAGGCUGAGAGCGUAAUGAGGUCAGAAAAAUAAUUAGCGCAUGACAUGUUUUGCGAUAAAACGAUGUUGAAAGCAAUAAAAGUAGGAGAUACAGAUUUUCCGAAGCUCUUAGAGCGGCGACUAACUUAUAGAGCUUUUGCUCUUUUGAUGCUCAUAUAAAAUCAACAGAAAUCUUUAAAGGCUCUGCCCGCGGUCUAUGUUUUUGAUCGAGUCCGCCUUAGAGCGGUGAUGAAAUUCUGAACUUUUUAAGCUUUCUAUCUAUUUUAUAUAAGCAUGCACAGGCUAAAAGCCCUCUCUGCUCAUUACAGCCUCAAGAGUUUUUAGUCGUCUUAAAUUGGUCAUGACAAAUUUUAAGCGCUUCAGUAAAACCAUAAGGAGCUUACAUAGGUUUAAAGGAGUUGUGAGCGCCUUUGUACAAAGGGUGGAAUUUCAAAAGCUCUUUCUGUAGCACGAAAGCUCCUCAAGGAAUAACAAAGUGCACAAAUGCACUCGGGUAAGAAAUUUAAAAAAAGGUCAAAAAGCAAGAGAUUAUUAGACCGAUUUGUAGAGUAGUGAUCGAAAGCAAAAAUUUUAAAGCUAUUUGUAGCUAAAAGCCGUAGAAGUGGUACUUUGUGAAGAAAAAGUUGUGCGCAAAGGACUUUUACUUUCCAAAACCGUUACCUAUAUAUUGCACUUACAGCCUCUCCAAAGUCACCGAGAAUCGCCAAGAAGUAGCUAUCAUCCCAUUCAAAGCGGUUUCAGUUCAUUUCUGUGUUUUAUCUGCACCCACUUUCAUUGCGCUUAAACUCACUUCAUUCAUUUAUAUUCAUGCCCAUGCCGCUGCAUUGGUUUUGUUUAAAAUUUUCUUGCUAUUUUCUUUUAAUUUCAUUAAUUUUAAUUUCUUAGACUCAUAGAUUACGAUUGCUGAUUUGAAUGCUCUCAUUUGCGGAAAAGUGGUGGUUAAAUGGUUGUUGAAGCUUCUUCUUUAUCUAACUCACUCUCUCACGUAGCUGCGGCCUCUCAAUCGAACAUGAAAAAUUUAAUCAUGCUCUCAAACAUGCAAGCUCUCUACUAAAUCGUUUGUUUAACGCG